CAUUCUGCAGAGGGCGUGUUGUGAGGGUGCCCAAAGGUCCUCUUAUUCGAGUCGUGGGCACGGAGGUAGCAAUCCCUUGCAGUGUUAGUGACUACGAUGGACCCAGCGAACAGAACUUUGAUUGGGAGUUCUCACGGGAGACUGACUUCGUGCGGAUAGUGAGUACCUGGGACUCUACAUUCACCUCUGAGGAGUACCAAAAACGUGUGGGCCACGGGGAUAUCAAACUGAGACGGAGCAGCAACGAUGCUGUGGAACUUGUGAUUAGAAACAUCCAGCCAACUGACCAAGGGAGAUACAAAUGCUCCACGCCCAGCACUGAUGCCACCGUUCAGGGAAAUUAUGAUGCAGAGGUCCAAGUGAAAGUGAUUUCUGAUGGCUUAUCGGUGAGUGGUUCAAAAGCACGUUCCUCAAUGUCUCUCAGGCUGUCUGAGGGCGACUCCUUCAAGUUGCGCUGCUCAGCAAUUACCACCUCACCAGAGCACACUCACCUGCAUGUGACUUGGCAGAUCAAAAGUGGAUCAACUUGGCGGGACAUCCUGUCUUUGACUCAUGAGGGCAAAUUCCAGCCGGGUCCUGGCUAUGAAGAGCGCUACCGUAAUGGAGAUAUCCGCUUGGACACGGGCGCGAAUGACACGUAUCAGUUAUCGGUAUCCCAGGCCUCAUCGGUGGAUGGGGGUGCUUACAGGUGUCUCGUGAGCGAGUGGGUGAGAGGGGCAGAUAGCUUGUGGCAGAAGAUUCAAGAGAAGAGCGUGGAGAUAGCAAGUGUGGCAAUCCAACGGACUGCUCUAGAUGUGGUCAUCUCAACAAGCAAUGUGUCUGUGACUGAAAGAGACUCCCUGGAUCUUACAUGCAACAUCACAACAGACAGGAGUGGUAUUUUCCAAGCGGAGGUGAUGUGGUAUUUUUCUGCAUCACCUGAUGAUACCUUGUCAGAUGUUCAGAUUUUGCUGAGCAUGGACCGGGAUUCUGUUGUCAGUGAUUCAACUCUCAUCAGCCUGAGCCAUGUAGAUAGGAACUCCUAUCACCUGUUGGUACGUGAUGUGGAAGUGGAAGACUCUGGCUACUAUUUCUGCCAAGCAGCUAUCUGGGUACCACUGCACAACGGGAGCUGGCAUAAGGUGGUGGAGAGGACAUCUGCACCAGUUAGUGUGGUGGUGACAGCAUUAGAGCCAGACUAUGAGGUGUUUCUGAAUGCCUCUAGAACACCCAAGUUUUCAGAUGACCCCACAGAGCUCAAUUGCAGGAUCACAGAUGCACAAGACACCGAAGCAAACAUCCGCUUCACAGUUUCCUGGUACUACAGGCAGCGCCUGCGCAGUGAUGAUGUUGUGACAGAGGAACUCCUGGCCACGAUGGAUGCAGACUGGACUCUGCUGCUUGGGGACAGGAGCAGAGAGCGGACUCAGAACGGGGAAAUCAUCUUCUUCAAAAAGGCUGUUGACACCUUCAGUUUUCGAAUCCAGUGGACUUCAGAAAGUGACAGAGGGGAUUAUUUCUGUGUCAUCUCUGCAUGGAGUAGGCACCGCAACAACAGCUGGGUAAAGAGCAAAGAUGUGACUUCUACAUCUGUCAGCAUUUUCUGGGCUACACAAGAUUACAAGCUUACAGUGGAGGCGGUAAAAUUGAAGCCGUUCUUUGUAGCAGGCCAUACCUUUGAGAUGACAUGCAAAGUGUCUUCAAAAAACAUCAAGACGCCACGCUAUUCUGUCCUCAUUACAGCUGAGAAGCCACUAACGGAUCAGUCAAAUCCCAAUGGAACCACUCGUAUAAUCUCCUUGAACCAGGAUUCAGUAGUGCGGCUGGAAGACUGGACGGACCAGACUCGUGUGGACGGCGUGGUUCUGGAGAAGGUCCAGGAGAAUGAGUUCCGCUACAGGAUGUAUCAGACCCAGAUUUCUGACGCUGGUCUGUACCGCUGUGUGGUGACUGCCUGGUCUCCAGGUGGUGGUGGCAUGUGGCGUGAAGCAGUGAAUGGCUUAUCCAACCCUAUCCAGAUAGACUUCCAGACAUCAGGUCCUGUGUUUAAUGUCUCGGUGCAUUCUGACAACCCGACAAUUUACCAGGGUGAACUGGCAGAUUUGCUGUGUAUCGUCACAAUGGAAGGAAUGGCACUUGAGCCAGAUGAUAUGUCCUUUGAUAUCUCCUGGUUUGCUGUGCGUUCCUUUGCGUUGGACAGAGAGCCCAUCUUGCUGGCCUCGUUGGACCGGAGAGGGAUUGUCACGCAGAGCAGGAGAAAUGGGAGCAGUGAUCUUAGCCUGGAGAGAAUCAGCCCGCUGGAAUUCCGGCUCCGUGUGCAUGGCUGUGAGGACCAUGACUUUGGGAACCACUAUUGCGUAGUGACUCCGUGGGUGCGAUCUGCCACUGGUGUAUGGCAGCGGGAACCUGACAUCAGAGCCAAACCCAUCUUUCUAUCUGUGAAAAUGGAUGUUCUGAAUGCUUUCAAGUAUCCCCUGUUGAUUGGCAUUGGUCUGGCCACUGUCAUUGGACUUUUAUCCUGCCUCAUUGGCUACUGCAGCUCCCGUUGGUGCUGCAAGAAGGAAGUGCAGGAAACAAGACGAGAGCGUCGCCGACUAAUGUCGAUGGAGAUGGACUGAGCGUGGGAGCCAGACACACUUGCAUUUUGGGAGAGACUCAUGGGUCUCUUGGACUGUGCCAAGACACUCGCUCAUAGGCCCAGACAAGACAGUGUGUUUCCUCUCUGAUUUCAGCCUGGACCU